AUAUCAGUGCACCGGCAUCUGAGGGCCCCUCUCUGCCCAUGCUGGCAGCCCUGUCCGGACCCCCAAGACUCUGCAGCCCCAGCAGCAGGGGAGGCUCUGGGAAACCUGGGCAGCCUAACUGAGACACCACAGGCUGGGAAUGUUCGCUGCCUGACAGUGACUGUGGCCUUUUAAGGUCAUCCCAUUUAUAAAGUCCUGAAUUGAUGACACCAUAUGUAUCAAGUCAAAGGGAAACUUGGAUACAGAAGAGUGAAGUGUAGGGGGAAGAAGCAUCAGUGUUCUCCUCUUUCCAUCCUCCCAUUUUGAAAUCUGCUACUGGGAAAGGAUCUGAUUGCAUCCUCCUCUGACCUAUAUAGCAAUUCUUAAAGUAAUUCAGGACUAUAAUUACAACUUUGCAAAUGGAGAAACCAAAAUGAAGAGGCAACAUUAGCUGCUCUCCCAGGUGAAGCUCAUGUGUGGAGUGCAACAGUGAAAUCAGACGACAGAUGGACAGUGUGACAAGAGCAUCGGAAAGGAUUGGGCCUCGCUGUGAGAGUCAGCCUGGAGGCCAAGUGUUGACAAGUUGCUGAAAAGGAAGCCAGUGGGAGGACUGUGGCACACAGAGGAAGUGGAGGCCUAUCUUCAGUCACACCAUUGAUGGAGGACAGAUGGACAGCCGGAUGGCCAGUCACCUCUUCUCUUAAAGCUUUGGAGAGUUGUCCUUUGUCCUCUGCUGGACACAUCUUAGGAAUUUUAAUACCCUCUCUGAAUUCGCUUUCCAUAGAAACGUGAAGUUAGACUGCAGCAUAUAGCCAGACUCAUCUGUUGCAUGGUAACAGAGCUGCAAACAUGAGUGCCGAGGGGUACCAGUACAGAGCGCUGUACGAUUAUAAAAAGGAAAGAGAAGAAGAUAUUGACUUGCAUUUGGGUGACAUAUUGACUGUGAAUAAAGGGUCCUUAGUAGCCCUUGGAUUCAGUGACGGACAGGAAGCCAGGCCCGAAGAAAUUGGCUGGUUAAAUGGCUUUAAUGAAACCACAGGAGAGAGGGGGGACUUUCCAGGAACUUAUGUAGAAUAUAUUGGAAGGAAAAAAAUCUCGCCUCCCACACCAAAGCCCCGGCCACCUCGACCCCUUCCUGUUGCACCAGGUUCUUCAAAAACUGAAGCAGACAGUGAGCAGCAAGCUUCAACUCUUCCGGACCUUGCAGAACAGUUUGCCCCUCCUGAUGUUGCCCCACCUCUUCUUAUCAAGCUAGUGGAAGCCAUUGAAAAGAGAGGUCUGGAAUGUUCAACUCUAUACAGAAUACAGAGCUCCAGCAGCCCAGCAGAGUUACGACAGCUUCUUGAUUGUGAUGCCACCUCCACGGACCUGGAAAUGAUUGAUGUGCAAGUUUUAGCAGAUGCUUUCAAACGCUAUCUCCUGGACCUACCAAAUCCUGUCAUUCCUGUAGCCGUUUAUAAUGAAAUGAUUUCUUUAGCCCAAGAAGUACAGAGCCCCGAAGAAUAUAUCCAGCUGCUGAAGAAGCUCAUUAGGUCGCCUAACAUACCUCAUCAGUAUUGGCUUACGCUUCAGUAUUUGCUAAAACAUUUCUUCAAGCUCUCUCAAACUUCCAGCAAAAAUCUCUUGAAUGCAAGAGUGCUUUCUGAAAUUUUCAGCCCUAUGCUUUUCAGGUUCCCAGCAGCCAGCUCUGAUAAUACUGAACACCUCAUAAAAGUUAUAGAAAUUUUAAUCUCAACUGAAUGGAAUGAACGACAGCCUGCUCCAGCACUGCCUCCUAAACCACCAAAACCCACUACUGUAGCCAACAACGGUAUGAAUAACAAUAUGUCCUUGCAAGAUGCUGAGUGGUACUGGGGAGAUAUCUCGAGGGAAGAAGUGAAUGAAAAACUUCGAGAUACAGCAGAUGGGACCUUUUUGGUACGAGAUGCUUCUACUAAGAUGCAUGGUGAUUAUACUCUUACACUAAGGAAAGGAGGGAAUAACAAAUUAAUCAAAAUAUUUCACCGAGAUGGGAAAUACGGUUUCUCUGACCCAUUAACUUUCAACUCUGUGGUUGAGCUAAUAAACCACUACCGGAAUGAAUCUCUAGCUCAGUAUAAUCCCAAGCUGGAUGUGAAAUUACUUUAUCCAGUGUCCAAAUACCAACAGGAUCAGGUUGUCAAAGAAGAUAAUAUUGAAGCUGUAGGAAAAAAGUUACAUGAAUAUAACACUCAAUUUCAAGAAAAAAGUCGAGAAUAUGAUAGAUUAUAUGAAGAUUAUACUCGUACUUCCCAGGAAAUCCAGAUGAAAAGAACAGCUAUUGAAGCAUUUAAUGAAACCAUAAAAAUAUUUGAAGAACAGUGCCAAACCCAGGAGCGGUACAGCAAAGAAUACAUAGAAAAGUUUAAACGUGAAGGCAAUGAGAAAGAAAUACAGAGGAUUAUGCAUAAUUAUGAAAAGUUAAAGUCUCGAAUCAGUGAAAUUGUUGACAGUAGAAGGAGAUUGGAGGAAGACUUGAAGAAGCAAGCAGCCGAGUAUCGGGAGAUUGACAAACGUAUGAACAGCAUUAAACCAGACCUCAUUCAACUGAGAAAGACGAGAGACCAAUACUUGAUGUGGUUGACUCAAAAAGGUGUUCGGCAAAAGAAAUUGAACGAGUGGUUGGGAAAUGAAAACACUGAAGACCAAUAUUCGCUGGUGGAAGAUGACGAGGACUUGCCCCAUCAUGAUGAGAAGACAUGGAAUGUCGGAAGCAGCAACCGAAACAAAGCCGAAAACCUCUUGCGGGGGAAGCGAGAUGGCACUUUUCUUGUCCGGGAGAGCAGCAAGCAGGGCUGCUACGCCUGCUCUGUAGUGGUGGAUGGCGAAGUGAAGCACUGUGUCAUAAACAAAACAGCGACUGGGUAUGGCUUCGCUGAGCCGUAUAACUUGUACAGCUCCCUGAAAGAACUGGUGCUACAUUACCAACACACGUCUCUCGUGCAGCACAACGACUCCCUCAACGUCACACUAGCCUACCCAGUAAAUGCACAGCAGAGACGAUGAAGCGCUUACUCUCGGAUCUUUUUCCUGAAGUUCAACCACCCUGAGGCCUCUGGAAAGCCAAGGGCUCCUCUCCAGCCUGACCUGUGAAUUGAGCUGCGGAAUCAAAGCCGUCUGUCUUCAGAUAGGAUUCGCGCUUUCUUUGACAAAAAAGAAGUAGAGGAAGACCCGCAGCCUAGAGCUGUGACAUACAUUUCUAAUCCGGAGUGGUUAUCCUUCCUUUCUUUCCUGUUGUUUUUUUUUCUUGUUGUUGUUGUUUCUGGGUUUUUUAUUUGUUCUUUUUUUUUUUUAAUUUAAAGCCACAACAAUACACAACACAAAGAGAAAAAGAAAUGCAAAAAUCUCUGCGUGCAGGGACAAAGAGGCCUUUAACCAUGGUGCUUGUUAAUGCUUUCUGAAGCUUUACCAGCUCAAAAGUUGGGACUUUGUAGACCGAAGGGUAGAUGGGGCUGAAAGGCCCCAGCCUGGAAAUGCUCAGGCCAGUCUGGUUUAGCCUGGGCGUUGCUGUGAACGGUUGGCCCAGACACAUCGCACUGUGGAUUAUUUCAUUUUCUGACAUGAACGAUAUGUAGCAGAAAGGCACUUCCACUUCCAGGAGACACUUUGGGAGAACGUCAGUUCAUGUACAUUCAGAGGAAAUUCUGUCGUAGCCAAGUGCCAGAAAAGCAUCUGUUUAAACUUUUCAGAAGGAAAAAACAGAAAACACCAACAGAAAAAUUGAGCUCGGAAAACAGGACUUCAAAAUGACAUUCAGUAUAUAAAAUAUGUACAUAAUAUUGGAUGACUAACUAUCAAAUACAUGGAUUUGUAUCAAUACCAAAUAGCUUCUGUUUUGUUUUGCUGAAGGCUAAAUUCACAGCGCUAUGCAAUUCUUAAUUUUCAUUAAGUUGUUAUCUCAGUUUUAAAUGUACCUUCAGAAUAAGCUUCCCCUACCCCAGUUUUUGUUGCUUGAAAAUAUUGUCCCUGAUUUUUGUUAAUAUUCAUUUUGUUAUUCCUUUCUCUUUUUUUAAAAAAAGAAGAAAUGUACAGGAUGCCAGUAAAAAAAUGGCUUCAGAAUUAAAACUAUGAAAUAUUUUACAGUUUUUCUUGUACAGAAUACUUGGCUGUUAGCCCAAGGUUAAAAAGUUCAUAACAGAUUUUUGGACUAAAUGUUUUGUUGGGCAGUGCCUGAUAAGCUUCAAAGCUGCUUUAUUCAAUAAAAAGAAAAAGAUAUAUGAAUAUGACAAAGUAUCGCUGAGUCCAACGAUAUUGUUUCAAGACUCUUAAAAUACGGUACCUGGCAAUGUUUGUUUCAUAAAGAAUUGUGAACUUCUUGAAUCUAGAGAAGGGGGAUAUAACAAAGGGGUGUGAAAGGUGGGGCAGGGGAGGGUGGCAAGUGUAUAUGCACUUUCUCUUGAUUCUGGACAAGUAGUGACUAACUGCCAAGUGAAGUUGCUUAUACUUCUGUUUUUUUUCCCACUUUGAUUGUUAGUUAUCGAUGAGUGACAAUUCCAAACCUACUGUAACUCUCUUAACUGCAGCUGGUCAGAUAUUUCAGCUCUUAGGAAAGGUUCUUCAAGCAGUUCCUGGAGCAGGGCUCAUAGUCGCUUAGAACACUGGCUCAAGGGCGUCACUGCAGUUAGGAAAUGCCUCUGUCCCUUUUCAACAUUGGACUGUCCAUUACAAGCCAAAGAUACUCAUUUCAGAAAAGGCAUGAUCUGAAAAAAAUAUUUCCAAUCGGAUGUUUUUUCCUAGUUUUCCAGUCAGUUUAGAACAUAAAGCAAAUAGAUAACGAUCAUCACUGUCACUGCACUUGGCUGCGUGGAGCUCAUUAAAGUCACAGCCAUAUCAGGCAUCCACAUGGCGGUCCUCAUCCACCCCAAUAAUUGUGUGUGGUAUACUUCACUAUGGGAAAAACGAAGGGAUUGUUAGUCGUCUUCACAAUUGGGGGAGAGUGAGAGGUCUCUCUUCCUGAUUUCCAUGUGCAAAAGCCGUUAUGUUCAGGAGGAGUUUGUACAUGUGUUGGGAGGAAUAAAGGCUAAUUUUAAUCAUGGUCACACCCUGGUAUAUUGAAAUGGAAUCUUACAAUUUCUGUUUUCCUUUCUCAAUAGUGGGCUGAUUCAUCCGCAACUUUCUCUUCCCUUCAAAUGCGGGGGUGAGGAUUUUUUUGUUUUGUUGUUUUAAGGUUGUUCCUUUUGAAAGAAUCAAUCUAGCAGCUGACUUAGUCAUCUGUAGAAUGUAUUUUUUCCUCUCUAUAUGAAGCUACUCAUACUCAAGAGCCAAACUGAGUCUUACAAGCCAGACUGUCAGCUCUUCAUCUUGACUGAACUGAUCUGACCAUCUCCCUCUCAUCUCCAGACAAUUAAUGAUUUCCCUGGCUUUAUUCUGUUAGUGUCUUUGCCUUACAGCUUCUGGUGGUAGUGUCCUUCCAGAUCACACAGAAGUUUAACAAUUCAUUAGUUAACAGUAGUUAUAAACUAGUUUUGUUUUGUUUUUGGUAGUGUUAAAUACAAAUAAUUUUUAUUUUAUUUCUAAAAUAUAAGAUUUGAGAUCAAAUGUCAUUAUAACUGCAGUUUUGUUAGUGUUUUUACUUAAACACUUCACAAGAUGACAUGGUAUUUAAGCAUUUGCCUCAUGUUUGCAUCUCACAAGCAUUAAUGAAAUAGUUAUUGAACAGCAGGGCGGGAUUCAUCGUUCCAUAUCACAGUGAGUUAAACCAUACCUAUGACAUUAGGUCUCUGCCAAAUGCCUUUUAUAUUACAGUAUAGUGUGCCCACCACAUUUGUCAUCCUAGAUGUUUGCCAGCAGGGCUCUUUGGAUUCAGUCAGACCGACAUCUUUCAACAGCAUUGUCUGAGUAGCUCAUGACUAUCAAUGGACGUGGCAGAGGCACUCCUGAUACAUGAGUGUAGCUCAUGCAUCAGUUUUCCGUGCCCAGUGUACUGUCCUAAAAUUAAAAGUGAGAUGCUAAGCUGCAGUGAGGCUGUGACAGGGCUGUAGAAGUGGGACCAUUGGGACCUCAUAUUCAUGACACAAGAGGGAGAGAUCAUAACCAUGUGAAAAGGCAAAAUGCAUUUGUACGCAACAUCUUGACAACUUCACAGCCCUUGAUAUAUGUAUAUAUGUAUAUGUGCAUGGACUGUGUUUUCAGUACACCUUGCAGCCAAAACAGAUCCAGUCGUUGAGUUCAAGUACAUAACAAGCAAGUGUCUAGUACAAUUCUUGUGUAUGUGUAUGAGUUGUCUUUUUUCCUUUGAGGUUGCUUCAUUUUGUCUUAUAAAGGUGAAAAUUGUUUGCAGGUGAAGUGAGAAGUUCAUAAUUCUUUGGCUUUUUUCUGUUUUAAAAAGUUACUUUGGGGGGGCUGGUCUGGAUGACUCGCUUAACUGGGAAAUCCUUGUCUUCAGCGUGUCGAGUCAGAAUGUGUUUAUGUGAGCUGUCACUGUGGGGAACCAAUUGCUUUGUCAUAUAGCUGGUUAUGAACUAGUAACGUGUUUGGGAAGUCCUACUGAUGUUCCUUAUUGGGAGAAAAAUUCUGCUGGUUUAACAACUGUGCUUUUGCUAUGCAUGGUAUCCAAGUCAGUUGGAAAGCAGACCCUAAGAGUUGUUUGAGUUCAGGGUCAUUUAAGAAAGGGGCAGUUUAAAGCACAAUGCCUCACAUGGGACAAAAGUUUCAAAAAGCCAAAUUCUUAUUUGCUAAAAGUCUAGCUAUAUAAAAUACUAGUAUUAUGGGCGGGGUGGGAACAGAAUUGGGUUAAUUGGAAAGACUAUCCAACUUAACAUUAAACUUGUCACCAUGAGAUAGCAUUAGCUGCCCAGGAUGCUGCUAUUAAAAAAAAAAAAAAAAAAAAAAAA